AAGAUUAAAAAAAAAAAAUUUCCUUUCUCUUUGGUUCCUUCCCUUUUCGAAAGUUACAAAUCAAAUACAAUAUACAAAAUCGAUUUGUCAAAAAUCUCACAAAAUUAUUGAAAUUUAUUUUCACAAAUCUGACGAAGAAUUAUAACAAAUCUGAUCCAAAAUUAAACUUUUGGUACAAAUCUGAGGAACAACAAUGGAGAUUAUUUUGUUAUUAUGAUUUUGAUGAGAAAAAAAAAAUGAAUUUUUUUCUCAAAAUCUGAGAUUUCAGAUCCAUUUUUUUGAUUACCGGCGGUGAUGGAUGAGCUAGAAUUCCGACGACUUCUCGAACGUUUUCCGAUCGUCCGAUUUCGAGAUUAUCAUAUUGAUUCAGACCCAUCGAAAAGAUCAGCUUCUCAGUCGAUAGAGAAAGAGGAGGAAAGACAAUGGAAAGAGACAUGGAGUAAGGGACAUAAACCAGAGACUGGAAUUCAAGCGAUGCAUCGUGGUCCAUUUUGGGGCAAAGUGAGAGAAGCUGCUGAGAAAAAGAUAUUGAAGGAAAAUCUUCUAGCAGCUUUAAGCGCUCAAUCAGGAAUCCAAUACGAUCCUACGGAGGAAGUGAUGAUGGCUGCUCGACACAUUGCUGAUCAAAGGCAUGCUUCAAGUGGUGCAGGUCCAUCUCAUAUACCGCGUUCUUCAGACUAUGCAUCAUCGUCAAUACCAAACCGAAUGUCAUGUGUUGAGGAGGAUUUGGAUCGCAUACGCCAUUUUCAAGCCUAUCAAGUGAAACACAAUCAAGCUGUUGCUGAAAUGCUGCGAACAAUGGCACUUCAUCAUGGAAUGAACAUGGAUAAGUUUCCUACUUGUCCGUCAUAUAUACCCCCUAGGGACAAGGCAAUACUCGAUGAUGAUGAUGAUGAUGACGAAGAUGAUGAAGAGGACGAGGAUGACGAUGAGGAAGAUGAGGAGUGACACACACCCUAUUCAGUAAUAGCUUCAUUUUUUCUAAUACACAUCCCUUGCCCUUGAAAGAACAAAAAUCAUUUUUGUUAAUUUUGAUUGAUAAAGUUUUUAGUAUACACCUUUUUUGGUCCUAGGGUGGGUAGGGGGUGAGUGUGGGGGUGGGGAUGAUAUGACAAAGUGAGGAACUCUGUUUGGUAGGGGAGGUCCCAAAAUUUAUGAAUAGUACCUCCAAACUUGUAAAGUUAUGUAACAAUUUUGAUGAGGAAAUUAAAAUUGCUUCCUUUUUUUGUUU